UCUCGUCUCUACUCUUCGUCUUCAUGUUUGGAGCUUGAAACAGAAGCCGUAGUUUACUGGUAACAGCUCGGCAGUGGUACCUCAGCAACUAUGGCUCAGCAGAGAGGAGUCAACAGCCUGCAGUUCAACCAGGACCAGAGCUGUUUCUGCUGUGCUAUGGAGACAGGGGUCAGGAUCUACAACGUGGAGCCCCUGAUGGAGAAGGGUCACCUCGACCAUGAGCAGGUAGGCAGUGUGGCGCUGUGCUCCAUGCUGCACCGAUCCAACCUGUUGGCCGUAGUUGGAGGAGGAGUAAAUCCCAAAUUCUCAGAAAUAUCUGUGCUGAUCUGGGACGACGCCCGGGAAUCUCGCGACCCCAAAGAGAAGCUGGUGUUGGAGUUCACCUUUACCAAACCUGUUCUUGCCGUUCGCAUGAGGCAUGACAAGAUCAUCAUUGUGUUAAAGAACAGGAUCUAUGUGUACAGUUUUCCAGACAACCCUGUUAAACUCUUUGAGUUUGACACUAGAGAUAAUCCAAAAGGAUUGUGUGAUUUAUGUCCCAGUCUGGAGAAGCAGUUGCUGGUGUUUCCCGGUCAUAAAUGUGGCAGCCUGCAGCUGGUUGACUUGUCUAACACCAAACCUGGUACCUCGUCGGCGCCUUUUACUAUUAACGCCCACCAAAGUGAGAUCGCUUGUGUGGCACUGAACCAGCCCGGCAGCGUGGCGGCUUCGGCCUCACGCAAAGGAACACUCAUUCGCCUUUUCGACACGACAACCAGAGACAAGCUGGUAGAGCUGCGCAGAGGAACCGAUCCAGCAACCCUUUACUGCAUCAACUUCAGCCACGACUCGUCGUUUCUCUGUGCCUCCAGUGACAAAGGCACAGUUCACAUCUUUGCACUCAAAGAUACCAAACUAAACCGCCGCUCUGCCCUGGCGCGCGUUGGGAAGGUGGGUCCUGUCAUUGGUCAAUAUGUGGACAGCCAGUGGUCGCUGGCCAGCUUCACCGUUCCAGCUGAAUGUGCCUGUAUCUGUGCUUUUGGGAAGAACACGUCCAAGAACGUCAACUCUGUCAUUGCCAUAUGUGUGGACGGGACCUUCCAUAAAUACGUGUUCACCCCUGAUGGAAACUGCAACCGAGAAGCCUUCGAUGUAUAUCUGGAUAUAUGUGACGAUGAUGAUUUCUGAGGUCACAGCGAUAGAGAGGGAGGCAGCGAGAACAGUGUAGAAGCAUGACUGGAUAAAACCAGGGUGAGGAGGCCAGCAAUGGGAGCUAAUCAUGACUGUUCUGUUCUGGAGAUGGUGGGAACAAGGCCUGGGCCGCGUGGAGAGACUUUAUCCACUGUGUUUGUCAAGAGUUGAAUGUAGCAGUAAGAAUAUACAUACACUUUUGCAUUGGCCUGUAACCUGUAACUUUGUGAGUCUGAUAGUCAUAUUAUGCAAAAGGUCCAUAAUUGACUAAAACACUUGGAAGGAAAUGGCCACGCCACACAGUAGAAGAAUAGAAGAAGAAUCAGGCCAAAACCACAAGAAGUGUUAAAUAAGAUGAACAUAAAACUAGAUAAAAUCAAAAGCAAGUCCAAUCAUUUGAUGGUGUAUGUUCAAAAGAAAUUGAACUUUUAUAAAAAUGUGUAUAAAGUCUCUGGUCUUGUUUUAACCUAUGUGAAGGUUCUAGAUUGUCCUCAGAGCCUGCUGUCUGCAGCAGGUGGAUCCAACUGGCAACGCAUGACUUCAACACGCUGGCCAAUCAGAACAGUGAGAUGAGGGGACACUGGAGCAUAAAUGAGCCUUUUUAGUCUUUGAGAUGUCCACUUGGACUCAGAUGAGCUGAUUUUGCAUGUAAACCGCGGUGUGAAUUGUUGGCAAAAGGAAUAAACACAAUCAGUGAUUUAA